ACCAAAUUCACUUAACAACCGCGUCACUAGUUUUAACAACUGCCGUGAUUCACUUAACAAAACGGCAAGGAAAGCCGUAAAAUGGAGCAAAAUUCGCUUAACAAAAUUCUCACUCAGCAAGCAUAAAGGUUGGGUUCAAUUGUGGUCGUUAAGUUCCGGACUUUCCAGUAUUCCCCCCCACACACACACACACUGCGUUCUCUUUCUAGUCGCUCUGUAUUUGUAAGGGAAAGGCCUUUUUUUCAAAAGCGGAAAAAAGCAUUUUCUCGAAAGAAGGAUGAAAGCAGGAAGGCCCUUAAGGAAGACGAAGAAACUGUCAGAUUAGGGGUCGCUGGUUUCUUUUCUUUUCUUUUUUCUGGCUAAACAACGUCACAGCAGUUCGGCUACGACGACUUACCCUUUGCAGCAAUUUUACUUUGCCCGUUUAUCGCGCCGUCCAUCGGACUGCUGCUCUGAAAGUUUAGGGUGGGCGGGGGGGGGAGAGAACAGGCACCUUCCUGCCCCUAGUUUUCAGGCGAAUCUGGUAGCCUGCGCGACUUAGUUGGAACCCCGAGGCGCCCCUGCCGCAGUGCAACGUCAGUGAGCGAUAAAGUUUCGCGGCGAGCUUUCGCUUGGGUUUCUCUACUAGCCUCGGCGGGAAGCGCCGCUCGCCUCUCCUGCGACUGCGUUUUAUUUAUCCGGCAAGAAGGGAGAGGAGAGAGAAAAGGAAGACAGAACCAGGCGACGCGGCUCUCGUCGCUCCGCCCUCCGCUGCUGAACCGAGAGGGCCGUGUGGCCGCCGCAGCCCCAGCCAAGAAAGGCGGAGUAGCAGGAGUUGCUAGGGCGAGGCAUUUUGACAUCAGUUCCUCUGCCUGCAAGGGAAAAAAGAGUUUUCUCCCCCGAAAAGCCGCAAGUCGAAAGCGCCGAGCCCCGGGCGGUUGCCCAGCGGCCGGGAGAUGGAGAGCCGGCGCCAGGCGUGAAAAACUCGCUGCAGCCCGUCGCCGCGCUGGAAGCGGAGCUCGCGGCCGGGACCGCGUCGUUUCUCUUUCUGGAAGCCAGACAGACCUGGGGGACUGGCGGCGGCGGGGGCCGCGGCCACUCCAAACCCGCCGCCGUCCCGCCCAGCAUGAACAGCGGCGGCGGACGCACUGGCGCCCGCGUGGCCGUGAAGAUGGAGGUAGCCCCUUACUACGGCGAAGAAGGCUUGGAGCUGCUCCCGGACUUCGUGCAGCUGCCGGGCUUCGGUGGCGGGCCCGGAGCGGGGGGACCGACGGGACUUGAACCGCCCGAGGAAAGCGGAGCGGUUCAACAACGCAAGUUGCUCCUCGCCGGGAAGCAGCAGCAGCCUCCUCCUCCUCCUCGGGAUUUAGGGGCGGCCUCCCCGGGUAAUGCCACCUUGCCCCCGGCCGGGCCGUUCUUGCGCCCCCGCGGCGGCACCAGCAGCGCCGUGCACCGCCUCAUUCAGGAGACGGCCGUCGGUGGCGGCGGCCCAGAGGUGGGCCCAGCCGUUUUGCAGCCUUUGCUGAAGCUGCCGGCGGCCGCCGACUUGGAGCAACUGCUGAUCCAAGCGGGCAGCCCGGGCCUCGCCGGCCCAUCCAGCCCCACCGGCGGAGGGCCCUCGGUGGUGGCGGCGGCCGGCGGGGCGCCCUUCUUGUACCGGUCUCCGCAGCCCUCGGCUCCGCCGCAGGCGGUGACGCAAGAACAGGAGGGCUUCGCCGACGGCUUCGUGAAAGCUCUGGCCGAUUUGCACAAACAGAACCAGUUGCUCGGGGUGUCCCCGGCGCCUCUCUCGCCUACCCAGCACCCGGGAGGGCCCUGCUGCCCAUCGUCCAGGCAGGAUCCCCCCGCCGUCUACACCACCUUAGGCAACUUCAACCCGGCCAGCCCAUCGGCCGCCGGCACUUUCUUCGCUCCCCAGCCUGUGGCUCGUCUGCCCGCGCCCGGCUCGACCGGCAGGGCUUUGGAGGAACCGCAGACUGUACCGGAAGCUCCUGUAGUGUCAGCUCCGCCGCCGCCGCCUUUGCCUCUUUCGGGGCUCUCGUCCGGGGAGUCCCCUCCGCCGCCUUCCUCCUUAUCGCCGCUGGAUGCGGAGAGCCAAGAGCGCCUGAAAGCGGAGCGCAAAAGACUGCGCAACCGUAUCGCCGCUUCCAAGUGCCGCCGGCGCAAGCUGGAGCGCAUCGCCCGCUUGGAGGAGAAAGUCAAAGCGCUCAAAGGCCAAAACGCCGAAUUGGCAGCUACCGCCAGCCUUCUUCGCUCCCAGGUCACCCAGCUGCAAGGUCGAGUCCGGAGCCACCUCUCCAGCGGCUGCCACAUCAACGCCGCCGCCGCGGCCCCUGCGCAGACCAUGGCAGUGGGGGGUCAGCCCCCCGGCAGGGAGGCACCUACAAAGCCGGAGACCAGUGCUUGCUGAGGCGUGUGACUCCCCCCAAACAAGGAGAGACCCAUCAUGCACCCAACUUUGCCAUGCAUGGCAGAAAGGGGAUUAGACCUUAAUCUCAUGGUCUUGAAGAAGGGCCAUGGAAGCCCUGCCUUUCCUUUCACAUCCUUUGGCUUCUGCAGAGUUCCCCCGUUCGUCUGAAAAGCUGAAGUAGACAGGGGAAGAGUUCGCUUCUGCAAGACCAUACAGUUCAAAAUCAGAUGUUUUCAAUUUUUCUCUAGAAGAUGUAAUACUGAAAUAGAAGAAUUUCUCAGGUAAGUUGUUCUGGAAUAUUGCAUUUUGGAAAAGGUGCUUAGAGAAAUCAUUAUUCCUACUUCAAAAACAGCAGCCUAUUUCUUAAUUUCUACAAAAAAAAGACACAUCAUAACUGAAUCUGCUUCGAUCUUGGCACCCAGAUAACUCAUUAUCUUGAUAAUGCUGUAUGUAUGUUGUAACAAUUUUUGCCAAAAACAUGGUGUGCUUGAAAUAUCUGCAGUAUUCUAAAUUGUUUGCCUUUUUUUGUAGCCUAUUUGGCAAAUAUUGCCAAUGUAUACAGUUUUUGAAGCUUUUUCCCAUGAAGAUUUCUCUAAGAAUGUAUUUUGGACACAAUUUUUGGAUGCCAAAUUUUUAAUAUUGUAUUUUUUUUCAUGUACUAUAUAACUUAUCUGCCAAUGUCUUUGAAAUCCUGUUUACAUGCUGCAUCAUUUGUUGGUUGAAUAUCCCUUAUUGCUGGGAACAUACUUAUUCCCAAUGGAAGAAAUUUCAUCCUUAUGCAAAUUUCAUCCUUAUGUUUUUCUCAUUUGUUCUGAUUACUGUUGGGUUUUUUUGCAUGUGCCUCUGAACUACUAUUACAGACCUAUUUGAUUUGUUUUUAUAUACUUUGUCUCUUGCACUUUAAGUAUUUAUAAAAACAACCCAUUCCCUCAAAGUCUAGAUUAAAUGAUACUCACCUGUCUUAAGAAUUAAUUAGGCAAAUAUCCUGUUCUAAUAUUGUUGGUGGUUCAGGUGAUGUCCAUUGUUGAAACUGACAUAAAAUUUCUCGUUACAAGAAAAAGGAUGUCUUUGGGAGAUUUGAAAUCUUAUCCUUGAGUAACAGGAAGAUUUGUUUGGCAGCUGGUUUUCUUAUGCACUUCUCCAGAUCAUGUGAACACUCAGGUGAUUUUAUGGCUAAAAAGGCUGACUAAUUUUGUUGCUAACUUGGUGAGUGAUGCUGUCUCACGACUCUUCCAACGGUUGUUUUUUAACUUACCAAUGGAAUCAUUUUUUGGUCCUAUUUUAGAAUGCUUGUCAUUGAUAGAAACAUACAUUCAGGUGUGGACUUACUCUGAAAACACCCCUCAUUAUAGGUUUUGUAGGGAUUGAUGUAAAACACUGCAAAUUUUUCCAGCAGGGUUUUUAUUCAUUAUAAGAAAAUUGUUGUUGGCUUUAUGAGAAAUCCACCGUUAGCUUGACAAUUUUGACUGAAUAGCUUCUUUUUCAUUUGAAAUGUUAGUAGACCACUGGCUUUAAUUACAAUAGUGUAUUUUGUCCUGGAAGUUGUAGAACUUUUUUUUAGUAUUAAAUGUAUUAGGAUUAAAAGACAUUAGGGCAAAUGUCAAGCAAAUUCAUAUAUGUCUAAAUCCAAUUAUUUCAGUCAGAGGAUCUUUUUAAUUUUGCCAUGGAAAGCACUGCAAUAUAAAAGUGCUUAAAUUUUGCUUGGAGCAUUGUUUAGCUUUUUAUAUUGUUGCCAGAAAGCAUUUUAAUAAUAUAUAUUUCUAACAGAAGGAUGUAAAAAUCAAACACAGGCCUUGGGGCCUAUUACUGUAAUUUCUUGCUUUCUGUUGCAAAGCUGAAUCUGUUUGAGUCUGACAAUAUUUCUGUUGCUCAAUAAACUUCAAUAUGUGUUUGCUGUGUUAAUUGUUGUCAGUAUUUCCCCACUGUUGAGCAGUUGUACUGUAAAUAAACACCUGUUCCUUUGAUCAGAGGUAUUUAACAUGAUAACUAGCUGUAAUUUUUGCAGUCAGACAUUCAUACGCAAUCAUAUAAUUUUUGUCUUUUGCGUUUUUAAGCGUAUUGUUUAAAAAAUAGUAUAAUUUAAGGUUUAAGACUGUUUCUAUGUACGAUUACUUUUGAAAAUGCUUAUUUGGCAGUUUGGUGGAGGACAGAAUUAGUUUUGUAGAUCUGAAAGAUUUGGGGCAAGGGAAGUUUAUAUAAUAGUUAACCAACCUGUGUUAUAUAUGAUGUCUUCAGGCAAUUUGUUCAGAUGAGCUUGAGUUAUAUUUUCCUUUUUGGAAGCAAUACUCAAGUUCUCUAAGAACCUGCUAGGUGGAAUGUGAGCCAUCCCCCUUAGAUAAUGCACCAUUUUAAUCUUUUGUGCAGUUUGAAAUAUAAACUGGAAACUUGACAUGAGAGAUAAAUAAUGCCUGUUGUGUUAGGUAAUGCAGUUAUUACAUGGAUACUAUCUAAAAUGUCUCUAUCAGGAGUAGUCUACUGAGAUUGAGUAGUAGAAAUUAGUAGUACACUUGUAACCUUUUUUUAACUGAAGCUAACUCAGCAUGGCUUCCAGAGGGGCUGCUGUUCCUGAUAAGCUUUAAUAGUGAAUUCCUGGAAUAUCUCAUGGUAACUAUACUGCUUUGAAACAAAUCAAAGCUAAUGGUUUAAAAUAAAAAGCAGAUGCCUUGUUUCUCUAAGAAAAGCAUAACACUGAUAUUUUUACUCUUUCCUCUUUAAUCUUAGCAUUCCUAGGUAACAUUAAAGAAGAUUUAUUGGUAAAGAUAUAUGCAUAGAAUCACACCCUUUAAGGACCUCCAGCUUCCAAUUCCCAUCUUUGACUGUUGGUCUUCACUGAUUGAUUAGUACACACUAUUAUGUCAUAGAGCCCCGUAUAGGAAAGUAUUCUGAAACUGCUUGGGUGAAGUCAUGUGUCAUAAAAAAACAUAGUUGAAGAGACCUACAUAUUAACCUGUAAUGUGUAGGUCUUUUUCUGAAAUUUAAUACAAAUGAACUGUUUUCCAUGCUUAGGAGCAAGAAAAGUCACGUUUUAGAAGAAUAAGAUAAUCCAGCCACCUGAGAAUGAAAAAGUAUGUUCAUGUAUGUGUUCAAGAAAACAUAUCAAGGGUUGAAUUUGGAGUUAAUAACAAGAACGUAAUGCAGUUGCAGGAAAAAACAACAACAUAUGAUUUGUGUCUAGGUGAAAUUAAUGCAUUACCAAACAACUUGAGCAAUUUUGUAGUUGCUUAAAAUUUGGAGUGGUGGUCUCAUUUCAUUCUGAAAAUAAAUACCAGCAUCCCAAUUA